CCCUUGCCCACCUGCCUGCCUGCCCCCCCAGCUGGAACCAAGAAGGUUGUGUCCCCCUUCCUCUGGGUGUCCUUGUCUCCUGCUAUCAGGGCACAGUCCUCAGGAUGUUUCGGGGAGAAUAGGAGCCAGAACCUGAGCCCCUAAGCCAUUCCCCUCACCAAUGAUGGGGUCCCCAGUGAGUCAUCUGCUGGCCGGCUUCUGUGUGUGGGUCGUCUUAGGCUGGGUAGGGGGCUCAGUCCCCAACCUGGGCCCUGCUGAGCAGGAGCAGAACCAUUACCUGGCCCAGCUGUUUGGCCUGUACGGAGAGAAUGGGACGCUGACUGCAGGGGGCUUGGCGCGGCUUCUCCACAGCCUGGGGCUAGGCCGAGUUCAGGGGCUUCGCCUGGGACAGCAUGGGCCUCUGACUGGACGGGCUGCAUCCCCAGCUGCAGACAAUUCCACACACAGGCCACAGAACCCUGAGCUGAGUGUGGAUGUCUGGGCAGGGAUGCCUCUGGGUCCCUCAGGGUGGGGUGACCUGGAAGAGUCAAAGGCCCCUCACCUACCCCGUGGGCCAGCCCCCUCGGGCCUGGACCUCUUUCACAGGCUUCUGUUGCUGGACCACUCAUUGGCUGACCACCUGAAUGAGGAUUGUCUGAACGGCUCCCAGCUGCUGGUCAAUUUUGGCUUGAGCCCCGCUGCUCCUCUGACCCCUCGUCAGUUUGCUCUGCUGUGCCCAGCCCUGCUUUAUCAGAUCGACAGCCGCGUCUGCAUCGGCGCUCCGGCCCCUGCACCCCCAGGGGAUCUACUAUCUGCCCUGCUUCAGAGUGCCCUGGCAGUCCUGUUGCUCAGCCUCCCUUCUCCCCUAUCCCUGCUGCUGCUGCGGCUCCUGGGACCUCGUCUACUACGGCCCUUGCUGGGCUUCCUGGGGGCCCUGGCGGUGGGCACUCUUUGUGGGGAUGCACUGCUACAUCUGCUACCGCAUGCACAAGAAGGGCGGCACGCAGGACCUGGCGGACUACCAGAGAAGGACCUGGGCCCGGGGCUGUCAGUGCUCGGAGGCCUCUUCCUGCUCUUUGUGCUGGAGAACAUGCUGGGGCUUUUGCGGCACCGAGGGCUCAGGCCAAGAUGCUGCAGGCGAAAACGAAGGAAUCUCGAAACACGCAACUUGGAUCCGGAGAAUGGCAGUGGGAUGGCCCUUCAGCCCCUACAGGCAGCUCCAGAGCCAGGGGCUCAGGGCCAGAGGGAGCAGAACAGCCAGCACCCACCAGCUCUGGCCCCUCCUGGGCACCAAGGCCACAGUCAUGGGCACCAGGGUGGUGCUGAUAUCACGUGGAUGGUCCUCCUGGGAGAUGGUCUACACAACCUCACUGAUGGGCUGGCCAUAGGUGCUGCCUUCUCUGAUGGCUUCUCCAGUGGCCUCAGUACCACCUUAGCGGUCUUCUGCCAUGAGCUGCCCCACGAACUGGGUAGGAAUGGCAGGAGCAGGGUGGGGUGGACUCCAGAAAGGAGACAGCUCCAAGGGGUAGAGCUUGGAGGCUGGUGGGUGGCAUGGAUGAGGGGCACCCCAGCUUACUCCCUCCCAUCCUGUCCUCUGUCUCCAAUAGGUGACUUUGCCAUGCUGCUCCAGUCAGGGCUGUCCUUUCGGCGGCUGCUGCUGCUGAGCCUCGUGUCUGGAGCCCUGGGAUUGGGGGGUGCAGUCCUGGGGGUGGGGCUCAGCCUGGGCCCUGUCCCCCUCACUCCCUGGGUGUUUGGGGUCACUGCUGGGGUCUUCCUCUAUGUGGCCCUUGUGGACAUGCUACCAGCCCUGCUUCGUCCUCCGGAGCCCCUGCCUACGCCCCAUGUGCUCCUGCAGGGGCUGGGGCUGCUGCUGGGGGGCGGCCUCAUGCUUGCCAUAACCCUGCUGGAGGAGCGGCUACUGCCCGUGACCACUGAGGGCUGAUGGGGCCAGUGGAAAGGGGUCGGGUUGCCCUUCCUUCCCCCCAACCACAGGAAUGGAGGCGGGACACAGGGCCAGUAGGAGCAAUAGGAUUUUAAUAAACAGAACCCAUCCCAAA